AUGGAAUCAAUGAAGCCACACAUCCCCCCGUUAAAGAUCUCGAAAUCCAAUUCGAAUUUAUCUGAACCAAGCGACAGACAAACGCCGAGUCGUUUCUAUUCCGCCUGGAGCCAGUCGGAGAUGACUCCCCCGUUAACACCACAAGGAACACAAACAAACAUGGAUCAAUCGGAGCCCCCGAGGCCUGUCUUUCACAACUACUUACGCGCCUUUUACCCUUUUCACCCGGCCGGAAACGUUUCGCCGUCGACUGUAACGCUUCCUCUGGAUCAGGGAGACAUUAUCUUGGUUCACUCUGUUCACACCAAUGGCUGGGCCGAUGGUACUCUAUUAGAUUCCGGGAAUCGAGGCUGGCUACCGACGAACUAUUGCGAAGCAUACGACCAAUUACCCAUGCGCCCUUUGCUCAAGGCCUUGACUGAUUUCUGGGACAUCAUUCGAGGAGGAUGCGGGUCAUCAUUGAAAGACUUUGGAAACCAAGAUUUGAUGAGGGGCCCUAUCGCUGGCGUUCGGUUUCUUCUGGAAAAGUCCGAAUGUCUCACGAGAGACUCACCUUUAGUAAGGAGAUUCGAUGGACUGCGGAGGAUCCGAAAGGCAUUGCUCUCUGAUCUGUCUUCGCUGGUGAAGACUGCAAAGAAGUUCCAGGAAGUCGCCAACGGAACACCAUCAGAGGACGAAGUCGAGGGAAUCCUCGAUGAGAUGCUUUUGAAGGCUUUCAAGAUUGUCACCCGCGGAGUUCGAUUCCUCGACGUCUGGAAUGAAGAGGUUGGGUUGAGCAGGACUAUCGCUGAAUUGGAAUCAAACGACCCCCGAGCCCAAUACGAUAUGCCGCCCACGCCUGCUUCCGAGAGCUUCUCUUGCGAAACUGAACACCCUGAACGCAAUGAGUCACGAAUGCUGGAAUCACGAAUGGAGUCUCGCAUGGAGUCACGCAUGGAGUCACGAAUGAUGGAGUCGCCACAGAUGAGCCGCAGCCGGAUGGACAUGAGCAGAGCCUCAACGAGGACCGAUUCACUUGACCACCCACCUCGAUCAGUAUCGGUUGCCACGAAGCGAGUUUCUGUUUCUCAUCGCAUGUCGUUCUCGGGACCCUCUGCAUCGAUCUGUGCUCAGAAUCUGGCAUCAGAGCGACUUGGUACCACUUAUGAUGCGUUCCUUGGAGUGCUUGGGUCGUUCCUUGGACUUCACAUGCAGUCUCGUUCAUCAACUGAGCUGGUUGUCACCACCCAGCAGGCAGUGCAGUCAUGUCAGGCUUUACUUGAUGUAGUCAAGUCAGUUUGCGAGCAUGAUACCCAGCGCAGUGUGCUUCUAGACCAGGCUCGUGAGUCCAUGUGCGACAAGCUGUCUGAGCUUGUCCAUGCUGCACACGAUGCUUUCCGCCCAGCUCAUUCCUCUGACGACGAUUUGGUCUUCAUGCCAGACGAAGGCAAGCGCCUUGUUGAGGCUGCCACAGAUUGUGUGCGAGCUGCUGGCAACUGUGUGGCAAAGGCUCGCCUGGUGCUUGAGCAAAUUGGAGACAUUGAGCUUGACCCCGAAAACACUGAGAUUCAGUCGGAACAAAAGCCAGAAGAGCGACAGGAAAUCUCGCUUCGUCUUCCCCCUCCUCCUCUUCAGAUCCCCAGCACCACCUACUCUCCUCCCACUCCUGCUCUGACCGACGCCACCACUCCAUCCUCCUUACAAUCUCACAUCACCAACAGUCCUGCCAACCUCUCCGCCUUGUCUUCUCUUCCCAACUCAGCCAUCCUCCCUACCCACCUUGAGAACCUGGCUUCGUUCUCAUCCACUGAUAGUGGAUACCCUGAAAGCCAUGCCAAGUCCGACCUGAUGGAAUCAUUCGGCCGCAAUGUGACAAGCAAUGGCAGCAGCUUCACCUACAACAGUCAUGCACGUGACUCCGAGAUGAGUGGUGUUUCGCAGACCUCCACCCGGGCUACCUCACCUGAUAUCGGUGGCAGCUUCCAAGGAAGUUUCCAUGGACCUUCGCUGAAGGAGAGUAUCAGCUACUCGACCCUUGCUGAGGAGAACGAGGAGACUGAGGCCCACCUUUUGGAAAAGACCUACGCCCACGAGCUGAUCUAUAAGGAGGGCUCAGUGAUGGGUGGCAGUCUUCGGGCUCUCAUCGAAAAGCUCACUGCUCACCAGUCCACUCCCGAUGCCAUGUUUGUGUCAACCUUCUACCUUACUUUCCGUCUCUUCGCUACACCGCUCGAGUUCGCCGAGGCUCUCGCUGAACGCUUCGAGUACAUCGGGGAUACUCCCCACGCCGCUGGACCCGUCCGCCUGCGUGUCUAUAACAUCUUCAAAGGCUGGCUGGAGUCUCACUGGCGCCACGACCGUGACAACAUCGCCCUUGAUUUUAUCCUUCACUUUGCUCGGACGAGACUUGUUUCUGAUUUGCCCACUGCUGGCAGACGUCUCAUUGACUUGGGCGAGAAGGUAUCUGCAGUUCAUGGACCCGUUGUGCCCCGCCUGGUCUCAUCCAUUGGCAAGACCAACACCUCUAUUGCCUCAUACAUCCACCCAGACACUCCCCUGCCCUCCCCCAUUCUUGGAAAGAAGGAGACCAACCUUCUCAAGUCGUGGAAGAACAAUGAAGCCUCGAUCAGCAUUCUUGACUUUGAUCCUCUUGAGCUUGCUCGGCAGUUGACCAUCAAGGAGUCCCGCAUCUUCUGUUCCAUUCUCCCCGAGGAACUCCUCGACACGGAAUGGACUAAGAAGUCCGGCUCCCUGGCUGUCAAUGUUCGCGCCAUGUCCACUUUGUCGACAGAUCUCGCUCAUCUGGUUGCUGAUUCGAUCUUGUACCUCGAAGAGCCCAAGAAGCGUGCCACUACCAUCAAGCACUGGGUCAAGACUGCCAACAAGUGUCUCGAGUUGAACAACUACGACUCACUCAUGGCCAUCAUCUGCUCAUUGAACUUGUCAAUGAUCUCCCGUCUCAAAAAGACAUGGGACAUUGUUUCCCAGAAGACCAAGACGACCCUCGAAAACCUUCGCAGCAUCGUCGAUGUCUCUCGCAACUACGCGGUACUUCGUCAACGCCUCCAGAACCAUGUUCCUCCCUGCCUGCCCUUCGUUGGUACUUACCUGACCGACCUCACAUUCGUCGACCACGGCAACCAGUCGCUCCGUACACUACUCACCGACGAGAGCGAGAUGGCAGUGAUCAACUUUGACAAGCACAUGAAGACCGCCCGCAUCAUCAGCGAGCUACAGCGCUUCCAGAUCCCUUACCGCCUGACCGAAGUUCCCGAACUCCAGGCUUGGUUACAGAACGAGCUUGUGCGCGUGCGUUCCAACGGUGAAAUCACCGCCCAAAACUACUACCGCCGCUCUCUGGUUCUCGAACCCAGAGAAGCAUCUCGUAGCGCAAACACUCUCCAGUCGCAGUCAUCCGACUACAACAACUCCCUUCUCGACAACGCCAAGGACAAGUUCGACUUCCUCUCCUGGACCAACCAGUCCAAGGCAAAGUCCGUUCCAACCCAUGGCUGA